AUGGCAACCGAUUCGAACAACCGUCAAGGUGUAAGGGCGGUCGCCACAACGACAACCGAUCCGCAACGAAGCGAAAAACGCGCCGUCGCGGCGCGAGGCGCCGCUGGUGCUUUGGCCCUCAGUAUUCUGGCCUUGGUCCUCCAAUCGGCGACCACCGCGACCCCCACCUGGGGAUAUUUCACCAAUCCUGACGCUGGUUCAGCAGCCGAAAAAGGUUAUUUUGGUCCAUGGAGACAGUGCAAGCUACUAUUGUACGGUAGAGAAAGAUGCGGCCAAGGGGUUUCCAGAUUCCAGCCAGUGUUGGCCGUGUGGGUGGCAGGUUUAGCCGCGGCGACUGCCUCUGCCCUUUUGGCGAUCCUGGUCGGCCUGGCCGUGCUGCAACUGGCGAUGGCCUCCUCGGCGAAACGAGUCAUUAUCUCGUACAGCACCGCCCUGAUAGGGAAAGUCGCUCUCGCCACGUUAGCCACUUCGUUGGCUAUCGUAGCGGCGAGUCUGUUUGCCCUACAAACCGAUGACAGAGCCAGCAGCUUCGUCAUCACGAGGGGAGAAGCGUUCUACAUGCAGUUGGCUGCGAUCGCUUUGAACUUUGGCGUGCUGGUCACCGCGGUAUACGAGGGUAUUUAUGCUCGACGAGGCGGUGAUCCGACAAAGAUUAGGGUUGUCAGUGCAGCUACCAUAAAUAAUCCCGGCUACCGGGAACACCAACCCACAAACGGUGGCACCAUAUCGAUGACCGACGCUAGCGGCAAGCCUUACGUUGGCGGAGCUGGGAACGGCUCGAUGGCGUCGGUCGCAACUUCCGGAAGUGUCACCAGCACGGCUUCGCCAUUACGAAGCUCGUUGAAAAAGCCAAAACCACUCGGUAUUCACAAUCCCGGCUUCUCGGCGCACAGCCCGACGCUGUCGAGGAACGGCUCCCAGAAGAAAGUGCGAAUUCAAACGCACUCCACCGAGGUUUAAAUACUUCAAAUCAUCCGCAACGAUGAGAAUCUCGAUGGAUUUUUGUUCUUGUACGUCAGUGGUCGACUCGUGGCCGACUCUGUUUCGAGGAAGCAUCCCGAAAUGAAACUGAAAGUUCGGUCGGAACGGGCGACAUAGUUCGACGAAGUUUCCUUCUUUGUCACAAGAGUGGAAACGAAUAUUUUUCACGAAUUUCUUUCUUUCUUCGGUUAUUUGUGAGAAAGCUGUCGAAGAGGUUUUCGUUGUUGUACUGGGUCUUUCAGACUGACGUGAAAAUGACCGAGCAACUAGACUGUAGAAUUUUAAGGGAAUAUGGGACGUUAUUUCGAUACAGAGCGUUUAAAAAUAAAGACCUGGACACAAAAUUAUUUCACAUGUCAAAUCACGUUAGAGUAAGUUUAAUUUUGCACACUGAAAUAAAUUCUACUUAAUUUCGUCGUUCGUAGAAGAGAGAGUAACUUGGAUAAUUUUUAAAAAGAUAAAAGUAGAAUUUAAAUUCGUUUUUCAAAUGUCCCUCUGACGCGCAUUUUGUUUCACGUUUGAAUUCCAUGUAAAUAAAAUAAUCAUACCAUAAUAACAACAAAACAAAACUCAUAUAGAAACGAAAAUUGAAAUAAUAUUCGAGGGAUUACUAAGAAAUAAUGUUUAGAUAACCGUUCAGAGACACCCAAUCCUCGUACGUGAAAUUACAAAGGAUCGACAAGUAUUUCCAUUCGAAUAAAGAAGAACAAGCGCGAAGUUGGCGGUACCUUUUAAUCGCGGAAGUCCCCGAUAAUCGGCCGGUUGGUUCCCAAUUACUCGAGAACUUCCGGCGGAGGAUUCGCCGUAGAGAAGGAUCAAAAGAACUCUGACAGUUGGAUUAUAAAGUCCCAGACUGAAAGGCCCAGAUAACGUUUCAUCGCGUGAUGAAAGGACGACGCGUGAGAGUACGUAGGAAAUAAACCCUGUUGAAAGUGAUCGAGGCACUCGCCGAGGGAAAUUGCCCCGACUACAAUUUCCAACGGAAUGAUGUGACGUCUUGGAGAACGUUGUAACCUUCAGCUCGAGGCGUCUAACAUAGCUAGAUCCCUAUUUAUGCCUGACGUGACAAUACUGAUUUCGAGACGAUGGCCACGCGAAACUUUACAAUCUUCAACCCCCUCUCCUCGUAAAAUUACGUCGUGACAUCGUAAACGUUACAUCCUUACGUUCAUUUUUUUUUUUUUUUCUUUUUCGUUCUUUCUUGCGUUGCGAAGAUACUUUACUUUCUCUUUUCGCGUCUCGUUUUAUUCGAGAUUGAUAAAUUUCGAGCGCUCGACCGGACGAGGAUCAAUCAGUUUGUGAGAUUAAGUUUUCAACGAUUUAAAUUUCCAGCCGUGAACCAGAAGAAAUUAAGCUUGUUUCCCUUUGCGGAAAUUCAGCUUGUUUUUCGAACCGUGUCGAUUGCCGCGAAAAGAUUUCUUAGAGUGUUGGAGAGACUAGACAAGCUCUGUCGCUUCGUUUCUUCAUUUUCGUACGGCGAAAUCUUUGAAGUUCAGGCCCAGGAAAUUGGAUUUCAGUUUGGUGUUUCAGAUUGCCUGGUGAAAGACAAAUAGACAUCCCGAAUAGAAUAGUAACAAUUUUAAUUGAUAAAAUAUUUUAUUUUUGAUUAAAAUCGCAGGUAAAUAAUUUAACCCUGUAGACAACGAACAGUUUAUACCAGUUUGAAAAAUGAAUUUAUGUCUGAAGCAAUUAUUCAUUGAUUCAUUGAUUUGAUCGUAGGUACAACGCAAUUAGAAACGCUACUUUAGAGUCUAAUUAAUUUAAUCAAAUAUCUUGAAUCGAAAUUUCGAAACAGGACAAUCUCAUUGAAAAAUUUCCAAAGAAAAAUGAAGUAAAAUCUACCGAACUUUCGAUAAGGAUCACCAGAUAUCAUUUCACGCCAAUACGAUGAUACACACAUUUGGGCCGCAAAUAGUUAGCUGAAUUUAAUCGAACGAUAAUCGAACCGUAUCGAACGCGCGUAUAAUGGCCCAGCGACGUAUAAUUGUUUAAUCAAGAUUAUACGCGUCGCUAAACGACGAGCACAACAACGGGGAGGUGGGGAAAUUAAGUGGCCGAAACCAUAAUCGAUAUCCACGCGAUACGUUCAUAAUGGUAUUUGAUGAAGGGAUUUAAUUUCGCGAGACUGAAUCGAGUCUAUUCGUGAGAGCGUUAUGCGAAACGAAUCGAGCUGGAGAGCGUGAGAGCGAGAGAGAACAACGUUCGUCGACACUAUCGUCGUUCGAAUUCGGAUUCCAUAUCACGGCUGGAACAGCCAAUGAUACCAAUAUGGGUAUUACGUUGCAGAGUGAUCGUAAAAGGGAGAAGAUUAACGCCGAUUGUUAACUACUGUUAACUCUUUUUUUUUUCUUUUUUUUUUUUUAAAGCGUGAACUCGAGAGAUCGAAAGUUAUCGUUAACACAGCGAUCUGGUGUACAAUUAAAAGUAUAAUAGGAUUAAAUUCGCGAAAAACUGACGUGUUGUUGCCGAAACGUGCCAAUCGAGCAAUACUUAACCACGUGUUUCUUCGUUGGAAUUAUUUUCUAAUUUGUCUGACUGUUUAGACUUAUUUACACGUCGUUUCGUAAGUUCGACAAAAUAUGACAAAAAGAAAAAGAAAAAUUUCCUUCCACAUUUAAUGUUACGAAUUUUCGAAUUGAAAGAAUUGAAAGAACCUCCCUCUCGCGAUACGAACGAGCAAUAAUAUUGCAAAGGAGCGAGAUAUUCGCUCUGUCUGUUCGCUAGAUUUAAGAGAAGGGAGCGCGAAGGAAAUCGUGAAAUGGCGCGUUCCGGUAACAACUAUAGUCGUGGGUCUUGCAAGUCGCAGGAUACGUGAUACGUCCUCUUCACCUUUUUCUUUUCCCUCUCCUUUCCAUUUCAUCCCUCUUCUUUCCCCUGCGUCUCUCUCUCUCCUUUCCAAUUAUCUUUUCUUUUCUCUCAAUCUUUCUAACAUUUUUCUCUUUCCACUGUACACUCCUUAUUCGUCGCAUCUGUAGGUUUAACACGGCGUUUCCUCCGUUCGAGGAACGAAGUAUAAAUGAAAUACUUACUUCGCCGCAUCCGUCCAGCCCUGCAUAGGCAGCUAGCCGUCAAACGGCAAGAGUUAUAUAUACAAAUAUAAAUAUAUAAAUAUAUUUAUAUUUUUUAGUGAUUGUUUUAAUAUAUAUAUAUUAUAUACAUAUACAUAUGCAGAAGAAAAAUUUAUAUAUAAAUAUAUAUAUAUAUAUAUAUGUAUAUGUAUAUGUUGCGCGAUGUAUUACUCGAGGCACACGAGAUAUCUUGUUUUUUGCUCGUGUCAUUGGUCUCGAAACCCCCGAGGAGAACGCGAGUUUCACUCGUUUUAGAAAUUAUUAUUAUUAAUAUUAUUUUUUAUUACCGUUACUGUUGGUGUCGCGACACUAUUUCUUCAAUGGAAGUUCUUUUUGUGCUUCUUUCGUCGAUAAUUUUAAAGCUAUUUAUGACCUUUUAUCCGGCGAGUUCUCUUCUUUAUAUUUCUUCUUCCUUUUUACGUGUAGAACUGUGUGUGGAUAGUUGUUGACGCUUAUUUAUUUAUGUAUCGAACGAAAGUUUGAUUGAAAUUGAUUUUCCAAUCAUUCCUACCACGAGUCUUUUUUUUUUCUUCUUCUUAUUCUUAUUCUUCUAUCCUCUCUUGGAAGAUUAUUCUAUCACGCUAUUAGUAAAUUAUAAAUUCAAACCGUUCUACGGAUUUUAUUUUUUUUUUUUUUUUAAUGUACCUCUCCUUAAUUCCUUUUCGACGUUCGUGUUUCUCGUAGAGAGCAAUUGGGUCGAUAGCACGAUAAAUUGUUGAUGUUGUUUCGUCGAAACGGAUCACACGAGCCGAGUGUCUUUGUAUGAUCUACGCAAGAAUUAUUUCGACAUCUAAGAAUUUGAAAAUGAUAAGACAUUCCGAACGAACGAAACGUUUCUCGGAGUACUUCUUGAUCAGAUUCUUAGUGAUACUAAUAUAUACUCGUAAAAGUUGACCCUGUAUUUAUAAAAAGUGUUACUGCUACAAAUCAUAAGAAGUUUUCCCUUUUUACCCUAAAAAACUCUCGCGUGUUCAAUGUUAAAGAUUGAGACUUCUAACAGAUAGGAGUCACUAUUGUUUAAUAAACCGUUCGAAAAAAGUAAUAAAAUACCAAAAAAAAAAAAAAAUAAAAAAAAUAAAAUUGUGCAAAGAAAAAUGCUUCAGAAAAAUUUUUCUGGAUUUCGAAAAAGCGCUUGCGUGAUUCCAACUCUGCCUUUCAGAAACAUAAUAAAGAUAAAAAUAGAGAGAGAAAGAGUGUGUGUGUGUGUGUGUGUGUGAGUGUGUGAUCCGAACGUAGGUUUUAAAAGUUAUAUUAAAAAAGAAAAAUCCGUGUUUUCACUUUUUGCACAUUUUGCUACCCAUCGAAACGAUUGUCUUGUAUCGCGAUGAAUUUUGUAACGAUCAGUGUGAUGUUUGAAUCAUGUGAGGACUGUACGCAAGGAGAUCGAUAAUAAAGGAAUUUCUAUGAUUCAUGAUCA